AUGGAACAUGUUACAUUAUCGGAAUUACAACGAAGAAAACUUGAACAGGCAAGACCGGCAAUGGCACAGAUCCCGGUGGUUACAUUGGUUGUCAGGGCAAAACAUUCGCAGUCGACGUUAAAUGAACAAGGUGUUGGUUUUGAAUUACAGUUCGAUGGUGUACAUGUGGCAGCAGUGGUACUUGCUGGUGCAACUAGAUUAAAAGAAAAAGAGACAUGA